UUCCUCUCCCCUCCUCCGAACAUUUCGGACCCAUCCAGACUGGGACAGAGAGCUCAGCUGCCCCUGAAGGAGGACCAAGGAUGUUCUGGCGGGACCGAGGAUGGCUGCUUUGGGCCACUUUUCUGGGCUUUUUCGCCUCGGCGCACAGCAUCAGACGGGACGAGUUUUUCCCCUUCGGCGAGAGCGCAGGAGAUCAGCUUCUGGACGCGGGGAACGACCAGACGCAGCGGCUGGAUCUUAGCGCGCCGCUGCUCUUCUAUGACCGCUCCUUUAACAGCAUAUUUAUCAACACCAAUGGUUUUGUUGCCACAGAAGAGCCAACGAGCGAGUCGACGUAUCUCGGUAAAAUGCCGCCAUCCUUUGGGAUGAUUGCGGCCCUUCAAGGCGAUCUGGACACCAGUGAUGGCGUGGGGAAGGUUUUCUUCCGUCAAGACUCCAGACCGGACAUCCUGCGUCGAGCGGCCGAGCACAUCAACCGGGCCUUCCCAUCCAGCGAUGAGGUUGAUCCCAGUCAUGCUGUGGUGGUCACCUGGGUUGACGUAGCAUCACACACACCUCAAACUAGAGGAGAUGGCAUUGAAAAAAGAAGAAACUCCUUCCAGCUGGUUCUUGCAUCUUUGCAAAAAGCCUCAUAUGCCAUUCUGCUUUAUGCAAGAGACGGUAUACAGUUUUCUUCCACCCUGGUGAAAGGCAGUGAUGUUAUUAUGCAUGCUGGCUUCAGUGAAGGUUUGGUACAAGGGUUCUGGUAUUCCAGUCAGGGGCCAUACUAUCGCACCAUGAUGGAUGAUGAGUCUUCAGUGAGAGACCUCGCAGAGCAGACCAACUCUGGCCAGCGUGGUGUGUGGGUGUACGAGAUCGGAACCUCCCCCAAAUUUUCUGACGUGGUUCCUGGAGAGGUCACUGACCUGCCGACCGAGCCACCACCACCCCUACCGCAGGCCACUGAGCCAAGUAGGCCUUUGAACACAGACGGACAAGUUAAAUAUGAUCCAGGACAGAUCGAAAUCCAUUCUAAUCAAUACCAGCCGCCUCAGCCGCAUUAUCCAGAAGUGGUGGAGUUGGAUGAAACUGAGAUUAAUGUAGAUGUCUUUUCGUACAACUUUGGAACAUGUGCCAACAACCGGAACAAGUGUUCCCAGUUUGCUGACUGCCGGGAUUAUUCAAGUGGUUUCUGUUGCCAUUGCAGGCCUGGUUUCUAUGGCAAUGGGAUACAAUGUGUUGCAGAAGGAAAGCCUCAGAGGAUGAAUGGCAAAGUCCAUGGGAGAGUGUUUGUGGGAAACUCCCCUUACCCAGUGGAACUCGGUGGAGUUGAUCUCCACUCAUAUGUCGUGGUUAACGACGGCCGGUCGUACGUUGCCAUCAGCGAUAUUCCCGAGACUCUCGGUCCGUCCCUCUUGCCGCUGUCGGCUCUCGCCGGCGGGAUCGGGUGGGCGUUUGCUCUGGAACAACCUGGCUACAAGAACGGCUUCAGUAUCAUCGGGGGGGAGUUCACACGGGAAGCUGAGGUGACCUUUCAGCCCCGGAAUGAGAAGCUGAUAAUCAGACAGGAGUUCAAAGGCGCAGAUGAGCUGGAUCACCUUGUGGUGAAAACCACCCUAGAGGGCAAGGUCCCUGAAAUACCUCGUGGCUCCAGCGUGAAAAUGGGCUCCUACGCUGAGAUCUACCAGUACGGCGCCAACUUGAUCACCUCAUCCUCGACCCGGGACUACGAGGUCACCAUGCCAGAUCGACCCACCGAGACCAGAACAUAUCAGUGGCGUCAGACUAUCAUCUUCAAGAGCUGCCAGCAUGACGACUCAAUGAGAGAAGUAAAACCUUCCCAGACGCUCAAUGUGGAUCAGGUCCUUGUCUUGUAUGAUAGGAACAAUAAAAUCCUGCGGUACGCCAUGAGCAACAAGGUUGGAGACGUCAAUGGGGGGGGACCGGAGGAAAAUCCAUGUUUCACUGGAGGACACGGUUGUGACAACAAUGCGAUCUGCCGACCUGGUCAGGGAGCCCAGUUUACGUGCGAGUGUGCUGUUGGUUUUGUUGGCGAUGGCCGUAGAUGUGACGACAUCGAUGAGUGCAGAGAGAACCCUCAGAGCUGUGGAUAUAACGCUGUCUGCAACAACCAACCCGGGACCUUCCGCUGCGAGUGCGAAGACGGCUUUCAGUUUGGAAGUGAUGGUCGCAACUGCGUUGAGAUUGAUCGUCCUGUGAACCACUGUGAGGAAGGCACUCAUGACUGUGAUGUUCCCGAGCGUGCUCAGUGCAACUACAUAGGCAGUUCAUCCUUUAUCUGCUCCUGUCUGCCUGGUUAUGUAGGAGACGGAAGAAACUGCCAAGACGUUGACGAGUGUCAGUCGAACAGGUGCCACCAAGACGCAGACUGCUUGAACACCCCGGGAUCGUUCAUGUGCCGCUGCAGGCAGGGCUACAGAGGCGAUGGCUCCUACUGCUACUCAGACAGGAGAAGAACGCGCUGUGAGGAGGAGCGGGACAGUCUUCUGGGUGGGACAGGGCUUGGCCCACGGGGCCCCCGCCCUUCUGAAAGGCACAUCCCUACUUGUGAUGAGAAUGGCGAAUAUGAGGCAAUGCAGUGCGAACGAUGGACAGGAUACUGCUGGUGUGUGGACCGAAACGGGGUUCAGAUCCAGGGGACUUAUUCAGAACCCGGCAGGAGCCCCAUGUGUAUCCAUAAUGAUGGGGGGCCUCCAGUUGUUCGACCCACCCCUCGGCCCGAUGUUAACCCUCUGCCUCCAGGGUCGCACCUGCUCUUCGCCCAGAGCGGCAGGAUCGAACACGUUCCUCUGGAAGGUUACGAGAUGAAGAAAGAAGGCUCCAAGGUCGUCCUCCAUCUCCCGGAGAGGGUCAUCAUCGGAGUGGCUUAUGACUGUGUGGAGAAGGUGGUCUACUGGACAGACAUCACCUCCCCCUCCAUCAGCAAAGCCAGUAUUCAAGGAGGGGAGCCUGCUGCAGUCAUAAGAGCAGAUUUGGGAAGUCCAGAAGGAAUUUCCAUCGACCACAUUGGGCGGACUAUGUUCUGGACGGAUUCUGUGAAAGAUCGCAUCGAGGUGGCGAGUCUGGACGGGUCUCGGCGUCGUGUCAUCAUAGACUCGGGUCUCAUAAACCCUCGUGCAAUCGUCACUGACCCCAAUAAUGGUCAUUUAUAUUGGGCUGACUGGAACCGUGAAGCCCCCAAAAUCGAGACCUCUUACAUGGAUGGAUCCAACAGACGGGUUCUGGUCCAGAACGAUCUGGGCCUUCCAAACGGAUUGACUUACGACUUUCAGAGCUCCCUUUUGUGCUGGGCGGAUGCAGGAACCCAUAAAAUGGAGUGCAUGCAUCCCGAUCGAGGUGAUCGCCUAACGGUCUUGGAGGGGAUCCAGUAUCCGUUUGGAAUCACAUCUUAUGGGAGGAAAAUCUUCUACACUGACUGGAAUAGGAACGCUGUGGUUGCCAUGGACCGCUAUAGUGGCAGAGAGUCGGACGAGUUCCAGCCUCUAAAACAGACCAAGCUGUAUGGAAUCACCAGUGCUUAUUCCCAGUGUCCUCCAGGACGAAACUAUUGUUCUGUGAACAAUGGAGGCUGCACUCAUCUCUGUUUAGCAACGCCGACUGGUCGCUCCUGCAAAUGUCCGAACAAUCCAGCGACUGCAGGCUGUUUGGAGAGACCCGUCGAGUAUUGAAAGGAACCAGACAAGCCCCGAGUGUCUGCUCAGACAAUCGCAAGAAGAAGCCAAUCACUAUUAUUAGAUUUAAACUGGCAAAAAGUGAAAAGAAAAUGCAGCUGAAAACUAUUGUGCCUUUUAUCACUCAGUGCUAUCUCUUUACACUUGUUUAAUAUUUCUCACUUAGAGAAUUACGACAGAGUUUUGUAGAUAUAAACUUUAUCAUGUUCUCCUCAAUAUGAAUGAACUGAGAAUAAAGUUCCAGGGACACAUAAUUUAAUGUGAAUUUGAUGUCACUGCAUCACUGUGAUAAUGGCAGCAUGGCAGUCGAGUUUGACUAAAGCAUGUAAACGUUAUCAAGGAAAAGAGGAAAAGUUACAACCUGGGAAGUUUCACUUUGUAUGGUUGGCAGCAAAAGGAAUAAACUUGGAUUUUGUUUUUUUUAACAGAC